CAGGGAAUCCAAACAUCAUUCUCCAGGGAACUGCAGAGAUGAAGGUUCUGGCCCUUACUCUCUUCUGCCUCCUCCUUGCAGGGAAUGAAGCCAAAGUGUAUGAGAGAUGUGAACUGGCUGCACGUUUGAAACAGGGUGGGAUGGAUGGAUACCAUCGCGUCAGCCUGGCCAACUGGCUCUGUGCCGCUUAUCAUGAAAGCAGAUUUAACACCAGAGCCGUGGGGCCACCAAACUCUGACGGCAGUCGUGACUAUGGAAUCUUUCAGAUAAACAGCCGCUGGUGGUGCGACAAUGGACAUCGUCCAACAGCCAAUGGGUGUAGAAGCUCCUGCAAUGCGUUCUUAAAUGAUGACAUCACAAAUGAUAUUAACUGUGUCAAGAGAAUUGUCCGUGACCCCCAAGGGAUGAAUGCAUGGGUUGCUUGGAGGACAUAUUGCAAAGGACAAGAUCUCUCAAAGUGGACAAGAGGUUGCAGACUCUGAGUUCCAUGGUCCUGAAUGAAUUCCUGCAUUUCUCUUGAGAUUCCCUUUGAUGAAACAGCUAGCUACUGCCAUAUAAUCAAAAUCCAGCUGCUUCUUUCUGCGCCAGCAUUUGCAUGUUGUGCCCCACCCCGUGGUGGAGGGAAAUGGCCCUCUUUCUAUAUGAAUGAGGGAAAGUGAUUAUUCUUUUUAAGUGUGUCUGGGGUGGUCAGUCAUCUUGCUCUGGAUUGCGAGCUUCUCUGCUUGAAAAUCUUCAAUAAAUUGAACAUAAACCAAA